AUGAGUGCUGAUUAUAUGGCCAGAAGAGGAUGGGAUUCCAAUGAUCGUUAUAAUGAUUCUAGCAGCAUUAGCUUCAAUGGAAAACGAACAAGCAAACGAAUUGCUAUCUUCCUCAUAGUUCUUUUGUGUUUCCUACUGUUGGCAGCUGUCGUAAUAAUAAUCUUCUUUGCCACAGGAGUUAUUUCUUCGAGCGCUGAAGAAUUGAUAGGAACCACGACAACCAUCAGACCAACGUUUUAUCCUCCAACAAGACCUACAGUCCCUCCACCAAAUCCUCAACCUACGAAUGUAACGUUCGUUUGUACGUUCUUGAUUCUUCGACAAGCGAAUUCAGCCUAUGAUGUGAAAAGUUCAAACAACUUUCAAACAGCUUUUCAGCGAGUCCGAAACGCGCUUCUCACAGUUAUCUAUCAAUCGACGUUGCAACCUUUGGGAGUUACAGCGUUUCUCCAAGAUUUACAGAACAGGCAAGAUGAUCUACAAGUCUUGUUUCUUCUAGUUUUCCCAUCUUCAUCGCCAGUUGAUAAUUCGUCUAUAACUAAUGUCCUUCGUGCUGAUAUAACAAAGUUCCAAAAUCAACUGGGUGGGAAUGUUGUCAUAGACUCGAAUAGCAUCACAGUUGCUCGGACAUAG